AGUUACAGAUAGCGUAGUUUUCUCUUUAGGCAUCAUCUGAAAGGUUUAAUUCAUUAUAAACCUGUGUGAAAACUUUGUAAAGUUAUUUUGUUGAACCCCCAAAUCAAAGCACCGAGGCGAAUCGGACCAAAACGUAGCUAAUGAAUGCUACGCCAAGUUUUCUGUAGUAAAAAAUAAAGUUGUAAACCUGCCAUGGAAACGCAGUUACAGCAGGAGCAUAUUGAGGCGUGGCUGGACGACCAUGCAGACUUUGCUUUCGAUUAUUUCAUUCGGAAGGCGACACAGACAAUGGUGAACACGUGGUUGGCUGACAGAGUUAUUCGUAUUGCUGGAUCCGACAGAAACUUACCAUCAACCGAGAGACUUUCCUCCAAAACUGAUAGCGAUCCAAUCAAGCGACCUUCGAGUGUGUCUUCCGAUUCACCUGGCCGGAAAACUCCAAUCCGUAAAAUAAGUCACGAAGAAAUCAACCCCGGCCACCUACCACUGAAACCCAUGGUAUCAACAAACGAGAUGGGUUCCCCUUCAUUCUACACGCCAGAAAACGUCGCUUCGCCUUCGUUGGCGAGACGGAUUACUGUUCCGAAUCGUCAAACUAAUAAACACAUGAAAAAUUUCAAAACUCGUCGGAUUUCUCAUUACCACCAAAUCCAGAAGGCUGACCUUGAAUUAGACAACGAUCAUGUGAAUGCAGAUGAUCCGCCCGUGAUAGAUGAACGUGAUAUGAUCAUGGAUCUCGUGAUUGACAUUGCAAGUGACCUGGAUGUGACGUCAGUCAGUCACAGAAUAUUACAAAAUGUUAGCAUUCUACUCGAUGCGGAUCGGUGCUCAUUGUUUUUGAUGCGGGAACGAGAUGGCGAAAAAUUCCUGGUCAGCCGACUCUUCAACGUGAGCAAGGAAUCUACAUUAGAAGAUAACGUUGUUGUGAAAAAUGAAAUUAAGAUGAAACUUGGGCAAGGUAUUGCUGGUAUGGUGGCUUUAACUGGAACAGCACUAAACAUCCCAGAUGCUUAUAAGGACAGUCGUUUCAACCAGAGUGUAGAUAAGAAGACAGGAUAUCGUACACGAAGUAUUUUAUGCAUGCCCAUUCGGGAUGGAGAUAAAAGAAUUGUUGGAGUGGCUCAGGUUAUCAACAAAAUAGAAGGGGCGUUCACCACCAAAGAUGAGAAGAUUUUCGCUUCUUAUCUUGGAUUUUGUGGAGUUGCAAUUCAUAAUGCGCAAAUUUUCGAAAAAAUUCAACUCGAAAAUAGAAGAAAUGAGAUCCUUCUUGAUCUUGCUCGAGUGUUAUUUGAAGAACAAAGUUCGUUACAUACAGUGAUGGACACAAUACUAACUCAUACCAUUUCUCUAUUGUGUUGUGAACGUGCUUCUGUACUGCUUGCUAACCCAUCUCAACCAGAAAAUGUUUUCGAGCACACGUUUGAGCACGUGGAUGAGUCAACUUUAAUUUCUGGAAUAAAUCUUAGCAAAGAAGCUUCAGAGCGGCGCAAAGUCCCGUUCAACAUUGCUAUUACCUCAUUCGUUCGACAAACGGGACAAAUAGUAAACAUUGAAAAUGCAGCGAACGACAAACGAUUUGAAUUCUUGGAAGAUGCACAGCUUGGGUUCACCACGCGGUCACUACUUUGCAUUCCUAUCAGGGACAGUAUGAGACAAGUUAUAGGUGUAAUCCAGCUCAUUAACAAACACCACAGGGUUGGUCCCUGCUUCACUAAGAGUGAUGAGCAGAUUUUAGAAGCUUUCACAAUAUUCUGUGGUCUUGGGAUUUCCAACACACGAAUGUAUGAAGAGACAGCCAGACUUGCUGCCAAACAACAUGUUAUACUUGAAGUUCUCUCGUACCACGCUGUAGCUUCACCCUAUGAGACCUCACUGCUUACUUUAAAUGACAUUCCAUCAGCAAAAUCACUUGGUAUUUUGACUUACGAUUUUGAUGAUUCGCGUCUUGAUGACCACGAUACACUUAGAGCUGCUGUUAGAAUGUUCAUUGAUUUAAAUCUUGUGGAAAAGUUCAGGAUUAACCAUGAGGUUCUUUGCCGUUGGGUUGCAAGCGUUAAGCGUAAUUACAGACCUGUGUCGUACCACAACUGGAGGCACGCUUUUAACGUUUGUCAGUCAUGUUUCUGUAUGAUCAAAACUGGAGGACUGGAAUCCAUUUUUUCUGAUUAUGAAAAACUAAGUUUAUUGGUUUCUUGUCUCUCCCAUGAUCUUGACCAUCGUGGAACCAACAAUGCAUUCCAAGCAAAAAUAGAACAUCCAUUGGCAAGACUGUAUUCGACUUCCACCAUGGAACAUCAUCAUUAUAACCAGUGUCUAAUGCUGCUACAAAGUGAAGGGUGUGAAAUUCUUUCCCAUCUGACGUCAUCAGAGUACGCCCACGUCAUCAAACUGGUACAGCAUGCUAUACUAAGCACGGAUCUUGCAAUUUACUUCAAAAAGCGGAACGAAUUUUUCAACGUGGUGAAAAGUGGGGCGGCCGACUGGUUGGGAAACGACGGACACAGAGAACUUCUAAGGAGUCUUGUUAUCACUGGUUGUGAUAUAGCUGGCAUCACGCGGCCCUGGAACGUACAAAAAGAGAUCGCACAAUUGGUCGCGGAGGAGUUUUUCGAACAAGGGGACAUAGAAAAAAGUAAACUGCAUCAAGAACCCCCGGAUAUGAUGAACAGAAAGCUGAAACAUAAGUUGCCGAAGAUGCAGAUUGGGUUCAUUGACAGUAUAUGUCUUCCACUAUACGAGGCUCUCAAUGAUGUAUCUACCAAAUUGCAACCAAUGUUGGAUGGUUGUUUGGAAAACAGACGACAUUGGGAAGAGGAAUCAUUGAAGGCGGAAAGAGGUGGAACAGCUCUGUGAGUUGCAACACUGACCCAACAACGUUGCGCGUAAACUUAUUAAUGUUCCAGCUGUAUCUCACCUCAUUCCAUUCAAAUUAUUCACAAUCAGAACCGACAACCAUUUUCACGAGAAAACUCAGCCAGUAAUUUAAAGCCACAAAAUAAAGCCGCAAAUUAAAAGCCCUGAAUUAUAGCCAAUAAUUCAUAAAUUUGUACCAACAUUAAUUAAAAGUUCGGAUUCUAAAUCCUAAGACCCACCCGUUUAAUCUUUCCCAUGAAUUGGCGACUUAUCUAUUUGCGGUUUCGAAUUACUAAAUAUCGUUUUAACCAGUUUUUACUACGCCCCUCAUAAUUGUUCGAACCCAUCACCUCAGUUAUAUGUAUAUUGCACACGACCAGCAGGUAAGGGAAUUCCCCAUCUCAGAGAUCAUCACAAAAUUCUUCACUGAUGGCUUGCGUUUAAUGAAGGGCAAAGCAUCGCUUGUUGUAUUCACAAAUCGUAUAAGGCGUAAAACGAUUUUUGAAGUGUAUGUACACAUCGUAUCGAAGACGUAUUUCAUUCGAGGUGUAAUAAAAUUAUAAAACUGGU